CGAUUGCUGCUCUGAAAUUGUGGGAUUUUUAAUGGUUCGCCUCGCUGCUAUUGUUGGCCACUCCGGCGGAGUUGCCACUCCGGCCAGGAACCAUCGACCCGGCUAAAUGCUAACUGCGCAGGCGUCGUCCCAUUCCUGUCCGGGGGUUGCACUGGCCACCAGUGAAUGACAGCACUGCGAGGAGCUGUCAGUUCAGUUGGCUGACUGUGGCACUGCCUGACUAACAGACCGAGUGGCCAAAGAAUCCCGUCGAAGACCGCGUCCAAAAAAAAGCUCCAUUAACGAGCAACUCGACGCGUGUUUGGCUUGAAAGCGAAUGAAAAAAGGAGGAUUUGUGCCAACAGAAAGUUUAAUUAUGAGUGCUGCAGUGAUUUUUCCCACACUCUGCUGUGUUGCAAGCGAUUAAUGUGUGGCAACUGUGACAGAAAUCGCGCGAACUCGUCGCUUUCCUCCGUCGAAAAGUAGUCAGGAAUACCUCCAAACUAAAUCCCAGUCAGCAGGCGAAAACCACCUUCAAGUACCGAUUGUUCCAUGGGGCAGGAUGCGCCGCUUGAAUGAUUGACCGCCUUCAGAUUCGUCGCUUGGGUGCAGCUGCUAGAAACAAACGCGCGGGAGGCGGGGGAGCGGGAGGACCAGGAGCAGGCGGAGGCGGAGGAGGAGGAGGAGGAGGAGGAGGAGGAGGAGGAGGCGGAGGAGCGGGGGCGGCGGUACAGGGAGCGGGAUCGGGCUCUGGAUCUGGAUCGGUAACUGGUGCAUCAGCGAGCGCAACGGUAGCGCCACCUGUCGGCGGGCCAAGCAGUCACCAUCAUUCGCAUCCGCAUUCGGCGAGCGGCAUCAACACGCCGGCGACGGCGAGCACCAGUUCCUCCAGCGGCAACAGCUUGACGCCGCAGCAGCAGCAACAGCAGCAGCAGCAGCAACAGCAGCAUCAUAUACAGCACCACCAGACCCACCCGCAUCCCCACGGGCACCACUACAACCACCACCAGCAUCCCCACGCGCUCCACCAUCCGCAUUCCCAUCCGCACGGCCACCACCAUCCGCAUCCGCUCCAUCCGCAUCCGCAUUCCGGGGCGCACUCGUCCCUGCGUCACUCGCAGCAGCAACUGCAGCAGCAGCAACAGCAGCAGGCAACAUCCGCCAGCCAAUUCAGCUUUAAUCCCUCGCCGGGCAGCAGUCCUGGCAACGGUUUGGGUCUGGGCGCUCGCCAGGAUGCGGCCAGUGCGCUCAACAGUCCCACGACCAUUGUGAACUCCGGCAGCGGCAGCGGCGGCGGCAGCAGCGUCGCCUUCGGAAUGCAGCCGCAGUCCUCGAGCGGCGGCGGCGGAGGAGGAGGUGGAGGUGGAGGAGGUGGCACUGGAGGAACAGGAGGCGUCGGAGGUGGAGGCUCCUCAACGACGGCAGCUCCCUCCUCGGGUCACAACAAUGGCGGAGGAUUGGGAUCUGCGAUGGGAGGCGGCGGCGGCGGAGGACUCAAUCUGCUGGGCGGACUGGGAGGAAUGGGUGGCAUGGGUGGCAUGGGCGGAGGAGCAGCUGCCGCCGGAAUGGGAAUCUGCGGCGGGAUCAGCAGCACCGUGGGCAGUGCCGCCAUCACCGGAGUACCGCCCAUUGGCCUGGGCAUUGCCACCGGGAUCGGGAACAAGAUCAUGCUGGGAAGGAAGCAGAGCCUGAAGGGAGGGGAACCCUUCCUAGCGGACUACGGACCGGAGGAGUCGCUCAACGAGAGCGCCGACAUCGAGUGGGUGAACAAGCUGUGGGUGCGGCGCCUGAUGCGACUGUGUGCCCUCGUGUCGCUCACCUCCGUGUCCCUGAACACGCCCAAGACCUUCGAGCGGUAUCCCUCGCUGCAGUUCAUCACCUUCGCCUCGGACACCGCCGUCACGCUCCUCUUCACCGCCGAGAUGAUCGCCAAGAUGCACAUCCGCGGAGUGCUGCAUGGUGAGGUGCCUUAUUUGAAAGAUCACUGGUGCCAGUUUGAUGCCUCCAUGGUCAGUUUCUUAUGGAUCUCGAUCAUUCUGCAAAUCUUCGAGGUGCUCGAGGUAGUUCCAAAGUUUUCCUACUUGUCUAUUAUGAGAGCUCCUCGACCGCUGAUAAUGAUUCGCUUCCUACGCGUCUUCCUCAAAUUUAGUAUGCCAAAAAGUCGAAUUAACCAAAUCUUCAAACGUUCGAGUCAGCAAAUUUACAACGUAACAUUGUUCUUCCUCUUCUUCAUGUCUCUAUAUGGUUUACUUGGGGUUCAGUUCUUUGGAGAACUGAAGAAUCACUGUGUUAUGAAUAACACGGAAUACGAUCUACUUAAAAGACCAAUUCUGACGAUCAAUUCGCUGGCCAUUCCGGAUACGUUCUGCUCGAUGGAUCCCGAUUCGGGUUACCAGUGCUCGCCCGGAAUGCGCUGCAUGAAGAUGGACUUCCUGAGCAGCUACGUGAUCGGAUUCAACGGGUUCGAGGACAUUGCGACGAGCAUCUUCACGGUUUACCAGGCAGCCUCGCAGGAGGGCUGGGUGUUCAUCAUGUACCGGGCCAUCGAUUCGCUGCCCGCGUGGAGAGCUGCCUUCUACUUCAGCACGAUGAUCUUCUUCCUGGCGUGGCUGGUGAAGAACGUCUUCAUUGCGGUGAUCACGGAGACCUUCAACGAGAUUCGCGUGCAGUUCCAGCAGAUGUGGGGAGCACGGGGCCACAUCCAGAAGACGGCCGCCUCGCAGAUCCUGAGUGGCAACGAUUCUGGCUGGCGACUGGUGACCAUCGAUGACAAUAAGCACGGCGGACUGGCGCCGGAAACGUGCCAUGCCAUCCUGCGAUCGCCGUACUUCCGGAUGCUCGUGAUGAGCGUCAUCCUGGCGAACGGGAUCGUCACGGCCACCAUGACAUUCAAGCACGACGGACGACCGAGGGACGUGUUCUACGAGCGGUACUACUACAUCGAGUUGGUGUUCACCUGCCUGCUGGAUCUGGAAACGCUCUUCAAGAUCUAUUGCCUGGGAUGGCGGGGCUACUACAAGCACUCGAUACACAAAUUCGAGCUGCUCUUGGCCGCGGGCACCACGCUGCAUAUCGUGCCCAUGUUCUAUCCCUCGGGAUUGACCUACUUCCAGGUGCUGAGAGUGGUGCGACUGAUCAAGGCGUCGCCAAUGCUGGAGGGAUUCGUCUACAAGAUCUUUGGUCCCGGCAAGAAGCUCGGCUCGCUGAUCAUCUUCACCAUGUGCCUGCUGAUCAUCAGUUCGAGCAUCUCGAUGCAGCUGUUCUGCUUCCUCUGCGACUUCACCAAGUUCGAAUCCUUUCCGGAGGCCUUCAUGAGCAUGUUCCAGAUCCUCACCCAGGAGGCCUGGGUGGAGGUAAUGGACGAGACGAUGAUUAGGACCAGUAAAACGCUGACUCCUCUGGUGGCGGUGUACUUCAUUCUGUACCAUCUGUUCGUCACACUGAUCGUGCUCAGUCUUUUCGUGGCGGUGAUCUUGGACAACUUGGAGUUGGACGAGGACAUCAAGAAGCUGAAGCAGCUUAAGUUCCGGGAGCAGAGUGCCGAGAUCAAGGAGACCCUGCCCUUCCGACUGCGCAUCUUCGAGAAGUUUCCCGAUUCGCCGCAAAUGACCAUCCUGCAUCGCAUUCCCAACGAUUUCAUGCUGCCGAAGGUGCGCGAGAGUUUCAUGAAGCACUUCGUCAUCGAGCUGGAGACGGAGGACUCGCUGGUGGAGAACUGCAAGCGGCCCAUGUCCGAGUGCUGGGAGUCCAACGUGGUCUUCCGCAAGCAGAAGCCCGUCAGGAUCAUGAACAAAACGGCCAAAGUUCGGGCCGCCGGCAGCAGUCUCCGUAAACUGGCCAUAACGCACAUUAUCAAUGACAGCAACAACCAGCGGCUGAUGCUGGGCGACUCGGCCAUGUUGCCGGUGGUGGGGACCAAGGGGGGCGGUGGGCUGAAGUCGCAGGGGACCAUCACCCACUCGAAGCCGUGGCGCGUGGACCAGAAGAAGUUUGGUUCCCGCUCCAUCCGCCGCAGCGUUCGCUCCGGAUCCAUCAAGCUGAAGCAGACGUACGAGCAUCUGAUGGAGAACGGGGACAUUGCCGCCGCUCCUCGAGCGAAUUCCGGAAGAGCCAGGCCGCAUGAUCUGGACAUCAAGUUGCUGCAGGCGAAGCGCCAGCAGGCGGAGAUGCGGCGCAAUCAGCGGGAAGAGGAUCUCCGGGAGAAUCACCCAUUCUUCGACACUCCGCUGUUUUUGGUGCCGCGGGAGAGCCGGUUCCGGAAGAUCUGCCAGAAGAUUGUCCACGCGCGAUACGAUGCGCGUCUCAAGGAUCCGCUGACUGGAAAGGAGCGAAAGGUCCAGUACAAGAGUUUGCACAACUUCCUCGGACUGGUGACGUACCUCGACUGGGUGAUGAUAUUCGCCACGACGCUCUCGUGCAUCUCGAUGAUGUUCGAGACACCCAACUACCGGGUGAUGGAUCAUCCGACGCUGCAGAUCGCCGAGUACGGGUUCGUUAUUUUCAUGAGCCUGGAGCUGGCGCUGAAGAUAUUGGCCGACGGCCUGUUCUUCACGCCGAAGGCUUACAUCAAGGACGUGGCAGCCGCCCUGGAUGUGUUCAUCUAUGUGGUGUCCACCUCGUUCUUGUGCUGGAUGCCCCUGAAUAUACCAACCAACUCGGCGGCCCAGCUCCUGAUGAUCCUGCGCUGCGUUCGCCCGCUGCGAAUCUUCACCCUCGUUCCGCACAUGCGCAAAGUGGUCUACGAACUGUGUCGCGGCUUCAAGGAGAUCCUGCUCGUAUCCACGCUGCUCAUCCUCCUGAUGUUCAUCUUCGCCAGCUACGGUGUCCAACUGUACGGUGGCCGUUUGGCCCGCUGCAACGAUCCCACCAUCUCGAGGCGGGAGGACUGCGUUGGUGUCUUCAUGCGGCGGGUUUUCGUCACCAAAAUGAAGCUCACCCCGGGUCCGGAUGAGUCCUAUCCGGCCAUGUUGGUGCCACGGGUGUGGGCCAAUCCGAGGCGAUUCAAUUUCGACAACAUCGGCGAUGCCAUGCUGACUUUGUUCGAGGUUCUUUCCUUCAAGGGAUGGCUGGAUGUCCGCGAUGUCCUGAUCAAAGCCGUGGGUCCGGUACAUGCCGUCUAUAUCCACAUCUAUAUCUUCUUGGGCUGCAUGAUCGGUCUGACGUUGUUCGUGGGCGUGGUCAUUGCCAACUAUUCGGAGAACAAGGGCACCGCCUUAUUGACCGUCGACCAGAGGCGAUGGUGUGAUCUGAAGAAGCGACUGAAGAUCGCCCAGCCCCUCCAUCUACCCCCGAGGCCCGAUGGCCGCAAGAUCAGAGCCUUCACCUACGACAUCACCCAGCACAUCAUCUUCAAGCGGGUCAUCGCGGUGGUCGUGCUGAUCAACAGUAUGCUGCUCUCCAUCACGUGGAUCAAGGGAGAGGUGCAUACGGAACGCCUGGUGAUCGUCAGUGCGGUAUUGACCUUUGUCUUUGUGGUUGAGGUGGUGAUGAAGAACAUUGCCUUUACACCGCGCGGCUAUUGGCAAUCUAGGCGCAAUCGCUAUGACCUACUCGUCACCGUUGCCGGUGUGAUUUGGAUUAUUUUGCAGACCAUUCUGCGGAACGAUCUGUCGUACUUCUUUGGCUUCAUGGUGGUCAUCCUGCGCUUCUUCACCAUCACCGGCAAGCACACCACACUGAAGAUGCUCAUGUUGACCGUGGGCGUGUCUGUAUGCAAGUCCUUCUUCAUUAUCUUUGGCAUGUUUCUGCUAGUCUUCUUCUAUGCGCUGGCCGGGACGAUACUCUUCGGCACCGUCAAAUACGGCGAGGGCAUCGGUCGCCGUGCCAAUUUCGGGUCACCGGUCACCGGCGUGGCCAUGCUCUUUCGGAUCGUCACUGGCGAGGAUUGGAACAAGAUCAUGCAUGACUGCAUGGUCCAACCGCCGUACUGCACCCUGGGCAACAACUACUGGGAGACGGACUGCGGCAACUUCACCGCGAGCCUCAUCUACUUCUGCACCUUCUACGUGAUCAUCACGUACAUCGUGCUCAACUUGCUAGUGGCUAUUAUCAUGGAGAACUUUUCCCUCUUCUACUCGAACGAAGAGGAUGCCCUGCUCUCCUACGCGGAUAUCCGCAACUUCCAGAACACCUGGAACAUUGUGGACAUCCACCAACGAGGCGUUAUUCCCGUGCGUCGGGUGAAGUUCAUAUUGCGCCUGCUGAAGGGACGACUCGAGUGCGAUCCCCAAAAGGAUCGAUUGCUGUUCAAGUACAUGUGCUACGAACUGGACAAGCUGCACAACGGCGAGGAUGUGACCUUCCACGAUGUCAUCAACAUGCUGAGCUACCGCUCGGUGGACAUCAGGAAGGCUCUGCAGCUGGAGGAGCUUUUGGCGCGCGAGGAGUUCGAGUACCUGGUCGAGGAGGAGGUGGCCAAGAUGACCAUUCGCACCUGGCUGGAGGGGUGCCUCAAAAAGAUUCGGGCACAAAAUGCUAGUAAGCAGCAAAACUCGCUGAUCGCCGGCCUGCGGGCGACGAACGAGCAGCCCGUGAUGCGGCCAAAUGUGCAGGAGGACAAGGCGCCUCUGGGGGCGGCGGACAAGUCGGCGAUCAGCACGAUCAGUGGGGCGGUGGCCGGCGCCUGCCCGCCCACCAGCGACGCCUUCUCCCCGACCUUCAGCUCCACGGAGAACGAGGAGAAGGACGGCAGCAGCAGCGCCGUCGUAUUGCCCGCCCAUCCAGAACCGCCGAUCACGGGGGCAACUUCGGCGUUAGCGGGAGGGGGAAGCACGAGUGGACCAGUGGUCUCGACCGCUCGCCAUGUGAUGACGGUGGGCAAGCGGGGCUAUGCCCUCAACCGGUCCGAUUCGACGGGCAGUUCGGCGGGACGCAAGUUCCUGGCGCCCACGUCCAGUGAUCCGCAGCAGCGAUCAACGCUGAGCGACAAGGAGCGGCUGCACAUCAGCAGCCAGCAGCGGAAGAAGAACUCGAUGACCACGCUGCCGCAUGCCGGCCAACUGGGUCAGUUGGCCAAGCAGCGAGGCGGCGGAGUGGGCGGCGGCGAGGCGAGCAAAUCGGCCAGCUUCUUUGCCCAGCUGAACAGCGAGAUUGGCCAGUUCCACUAUCCGACAAUAAAUGCUGCCGCCGCCGCCGCCGCGCUGCACGGCUAUGGACAUGGCCACGGACAUGGGCAUGGUCAUGGACAUGGUCACGGACACGGCGAUCAUCAGCAGCACCAUCAUGGCGUCUUGGGCAGCCCGUCGGCGAUGAUGAGCCAAAUGAUCGGGGGCAGCGGCAAGCUGCUGCCGUUCAACAACCAGGCGAAUGCCGUCUACGAGGUGCACGACUGGUGGCAGGAACAGGUCCUUUGUCCGCAGACCAGCGACGAUGAGAUCUAGCAAUGGGCCUCCAGAUGGCCGAAAUGCAGCCGAAAAUACCGCAGAGGAGCCUAUUAAAACCAAAAAAACCAAAAACCAUAAACCAAAAAAAAAAAAAAACAAAAAACAGAAACCAAAAAUAACAGACAUCAAAUAUCAACACAACUAGUGGCCUAGAACUUUUUUGUAUAUGCCUAAUAAUUGUAAAUUUAUCGGCCUCACAAUUAACGGUUAACAAUUCUAACGAGUAUAUACAUACAUACAUACAUAAAUAGCUUUAGUUUUAGCACUGGUAAAACAUAAAAAACAAAAAAACCAAAAUAGAUGAACAUGAACAAAGGAUAAGGGGCAACCAUUAGUUUUACGUUUUGUUGUUGUUUGCGUGCUAGUUGGUAAAUAUGAUCAGUCAGUCGGUAACUUUGUUAUAGCUUAAAUAUAUAAAGAAAUAUAUAUUAUAUAUAUGUAUAACGAGUACAUCGCAUAUGGAUUGCAUAUGUCUUACGUAUAGUGCAAAUUUAUAAGCGCGCUGCCUCACCAAUGGAGCAUUGAUUUUCGUAAGCUGCCAAAAAAAAAAAAAAAAAAAAUAAAAUAAAAUUAUUAAAGACAAAAACGCAACACUAGCUAACGAUUAAAUAGGAAUGCCAAAUCGAAAACCGAAAAAGAACCCCUUAACACACUUCCAACUAGCCAAGUUUAUACCAAAUAGCAGAUAAUUGUAGACAAAGACGGAGAGGCGGAGCGAGCAACCUAAGCAGACACCAAAUAGAAAGAGAUACCUAUUAAAGUAUUUUGCGAUUAGCCAACAAGAACUCAGCACAAAUUACUGUUAAAGUUAUUACUACGACUGUAGCGAAUGCCCCCUCAAUUCGAUGCGACCUCUCCCCUUCCGAAGCUAAGCGUAAUAAAAAUCGUUGAAAUUGCAAAA